AUGGCGAGGCGCGAUGGGCAGCGGCCGCCGCUCCGAUUGGUUGGGGGGGCCGCCAGCGCCCGCCCCGGGGAGCGGCAGCCGCGACCCUCGGCGUCCCGAGGAAGAGGAGCCGGGGGUGAAGCGGAGGGAGAAGAAGGAGCGAGGAGGGGUGGCCGCUCCGCGCCCGGCGCCUCGGGAGCUGAGCGUCCCGACAUCCUCGGUGAAUGGCAGGACAACCUUAAGCGGGUUCUCUUUGAGAUAGACGGCGUCUUUACUGUUAGUGGCAGAAACAUGCAGUGGCUCCUUUUUCCCACCAUCUUCAUCAUCCCUUGUACGCAACAGUUUUUCGGCAGCCUACCACUGAAGCUUGGAGAAAAACUUUCGGAAACUAGUGAAGUCCACCAGCGCAACGCCGUUUGUCACUGGCCAUGCAGAUGCCCGCCUGUGCCAACCUGUGCGCUUGGGGUAAGCUUGGUGAAGGAUGGUUGUGGCUGCUGUAAGGUCUGUGCCAAGCAGGCAGGAGAGACCUGCAAUGAAGCAGACAUCUGUGAUCCCCACAAAGGCCUCUACUGUGACUACUCAGAAGACAAGCCUAGGUAUGAAACAGGCGUGUGUGCAUAUCUGGUAGCUGUAGGAUGUGAGCUCAAUGGAGUUUAUUAUCUUAAUGGGCAGACCUUCCAACCUCAUCCGCUUUAUAAAUGCCUGUGUGUCAGUGGUGCAAUUGGAUGCACACCUGUAUUCAUACCAAGAUUAGCAGCAAGUCCCUGCACCAGGGUCAUGAGUGGAAAGAAGUCUAGACAAUCCAUCUGUGGCCCAAGACAGCAGAAGCAGCUUCAAUCAACAAACUACAGACUGAUGUCAGCUUACAGAAGUUUACCUCUGGUUUUGAAGAAAAAGUGCAUAGUACAGGCAACUCCCUGGACCCCUUGUUCCAAGACCUGUGGCAUAGGCAUAUCCAGCAGAGUGACCAAUGAAAACAGAAAAUGUGAAAUGAAAAAAGAGAAGAGAUUAUGCUUCAUCCAGCCUUGUCUGACUAAUAUAUUGAAGACAAUAAAGAUUCCAAAAGGAAAAACGUGUCAACCAACAUUCCAGCUUCCUACAGCAGAAAAACUAUUUUUUUCCGGUUGCUCAACUACACAGAGCUACAAAUUAACUUUCUGUGGGGUGUGCUUGGACAAGAGAUGCUGCAUACCUAAUAAGUCCAAAAUGAUCACUGUACACUUUGAGUGUCCCAGCGAAGGCUUCUUUCAGUGGAAGAUGAUGUGGAUAACAUCGUGUGUAUGUCAGAGGACUUGCAGUGCUCCAGGAGAUAUAUUUUCUGAACUCAAAGUUUUAUGA